CUCUUUUUCCCCUCUCUCCUCCGUGAUGGCGGCUCCCCGGUCUCUCCGUCCUGUCCGAAUGCUCCUCAUUUAUGCUCACGCGAGAUGAAACGAGAUCACGCGUCUUGGGGGCUCGCCUUGGGGGCGCCUCCGAGUCAGUCAUCUCCGUCCGGGUGGCGCCAACGUUCCCUCCCCCUCCACAAGAUGCAGCUCGUCUCCCUUGUGCCCCUCCUGCUAUGUGCCGGCAUCUCUGCGGGGAGCCUACCUGAAAGGAAUGACACACGUUGACACUCGAGCGCACAGGCGAUCAAUCGUGUGUCAUUUGAAUUUUGCAAUGCUUGCAGGUCUAUGAGGUCGCUCCAUCUUCACCGCUCGCUCAAUGGAGGCUUCUGUUGCUACUGUCAGCACUCAGGCGACGACAAGAAGGCCUGGACAGCCGACUUUGAUUCUGAAGUGACUUUUUCUGGCACACACGAUGCGUGACCCUUCAUGAUUGGUGUGACCCAGGUGCCGGUCGAGGACCGCGUGUGCCAACCCGUACCUGCUGCCGCAUACCCGCCUCCUGACGGCGAGACGUGGACGGAUGCCAAGCUCCAGUUUGCCAUCGCCAAGCUCGACUGCCACCAGUACUGCAUCACCAUCAAGCCCUUUGCGGAGCACCCGGGACAUGAAUUCUACUACAACCUGAUGGUCCUGCUGCUCACCGACGCAUCCACACCCCUUCCCAUCUUUCCAUCUGUCUUUCAUGAGCUCACCCUUUCCCCCACUGACUGUAUCUAUCUGUCCGCCCAUGUUGCAGGCGCUGUUCGCCAAAGGCUGCGACGAGGUCAAGCGCUGCAAGGGCGUGGAACCACAACCUGAGCCGCGCUUCGCCGAGGUCCCAUCAUUGAUCCAUACAGCCGGAUGAGUCACGCAAGGGACUCCCUUCCGUGUCCGUGUGUCUCUGUCACAGGUCGUCGAGACCAACCCGCGCAACGAUGAGGUAUAGCUGCGUUGUGGUCGCAGCAAGGCGUGCAUUCUUCCAUGUUCCCUGUCCUGGUCGGUUUCUCUCAGGAGAUAGCCGGCCUCGCGGCCAAGAAGGCUGCUGCGGAGGGUGGUGCCGGCCCCGCCCCUCCUGCUGCACCGCAGCCCGCCGGCAAGGUCUCAGAGAAGCCGGCCGGAGAGACCCCUCCUACUGCACUGGAAACGCCGUAAGUGAGCAGGACACUUUUUUCAAGCCCUCCAUUUCCAUAAGAGACGGUGUGUAUGUGCAUUAAGGGAGGAGACUCUCCCUGAAGCCCCCCAGCCUGCCAGCCGCCAGUCGGAGGGUGAGAGAGCGGUGGAGGAGGGUGCCAUAGCCCCCGAGGAAAUUCAGCCACAGGAGCCCCCCAUGGAGCCCGUGGAGCCCAUGGAGCCCGUGGAGCCCAUGACGCCCGUGGAGCCCGAGGACUCCAACUUCUCGAUCGAUGCCGACCAGGGGCAGCCCGAGGCUGGCUCCGAGGAGCAGCCCGAGGCGGCUGCCCAGCCUGAGGACUUGGACGAGUCCGAAGACAUCGAGGAAGAGUGAAUGAACCACACCAAGCAGAGCACAAAAAAGGACUGUCGAUUCCGUUUUCGAGGGGUUACUUUUGUUUUCAAAAAGAGAGAAAGAGAGAGAGAGAGAAAUGAUAGCAGUGACUGAUGGGAACGAGAUCUUACGGACACGAAUGAAAGAUGGAUGAAAACCAUUAACAAGAGUCCACUGC